GAAACUGACACUUGGUGGCUUUUCUCUCAAAGAGGCUGAGUGUGAAAUUGUGGCCUCAGCUCUGAAGUCCAACCUUCAUCUGACUGAAGUGAUAAUAGAUCAGAUCAGAGGAGGGAAAACCUUUGGAGACUCUGGAAUGAAGCAUCUGUGUGAGAUACUGGAGAGUUCAUUCUGCAAAGUGAAGAAACUGGCAUUAAAUGACUGCGGGUUGUCAGAGAUCAGCUGUGCUUCUCUGGGCUUAGCUCUGAAGUCAAACCCCUCCCAUCUGACAGAACUGGACCUGAGCAACAACGACCUGAAAGAUGAUGGAGUGAAGCAGCUCUGUGGUUUUCUCCAGUCUCCCCUCUGCAAACUACAGACAUUGAGAUUGAAUUACUGCAGUGUGUCAGAGAUCAGCUGUGCUUCUCUGGUCUCAGCUCUGAAGUCCAACCCCUCCCAUCUCACAGAACUGAACCUGAGCAACAACUAUGACCUGAAAGAUGGUGGAGUGAAGCAGCUCUGUGGUUUUCUCCAGUCUCCCCUCUGCAAACUACAGAUAUUGAGGUUGGAUUGCUGCGGUUUGUAAAAGAUCAGCUGUGCUUCUCUGGUCUCAGCUCUGAAGUCAAACCCCUCCCAUCUGACACAACUGGACCUGAUGAGCAACAAACUGAAGGAGUCAGAUGUUCAGCAGCUGCAGGAUCUUGUAGAGAGUCCAGACUACAAACUGCAGACUCUGAAAUGAAGCUGGAUUCCAGCUGCCAGCCUUCCAACAUGUCUAGAGACAGUGGUCCUCAUCCAUCAAACUGUGGGAGCAUCAGAUCUGAUCUCAGACUCUUUGUUCUCUCAUUUCAACAGGAAACAACUGAUCAGUUUCAUCUUAGCCACAGCUCUGAGAUCAGUCUGAAUGCAGCCUGGAAAUCAGUGGCUCUGAUUUCACAAACCAUCAUUCCAUUUAGUCACCAUGUGGUCUUUCUACAGAGCAGAAGCUCUGCUGAAGUCCACUCAGCACAUCUGGACAUGUGUCCUUCUGUCAUUAGUCUCAUCCAGAUGUGUUCAGGGACAGCCUCCAUGUUUAUUAGUCAGCUGAUAUUUCAGAAACAGAUGAGAUGUUGAUCAGCAGCCAGAGUUUCUGUGUUUAAAUGGAGCAGCAGCUAACAUGUAGCAGCAGUAAAUCCAUCACUACAGUGUUUGUGCAGCAAUGAAGCCUUCAGGACUCUCAGCAGGUGGUUUCCACUGUGGACUGGAGGGAAACCUGCAGAGGAACCAGACUGGAUGCUAAAAAUGUGUUGAGCUGUGUGAGCUUGGAGCUCAGUGUGUUCACUCCAACACGUUAAGAUGAGAGCUGAAAGGAAGCUGGCUCUGCUCCACAGCUGCUCUGAACAGGACUGAAGUCCCUGCUGCUCUUUAUCCUGGAUGUGCUGCAUCA